GAUUGCACAGGUAUUAGUCAUUACAAUUUCUCUCAUAACGAAGUAGAACGAAUAGAACCGAAGGGUAAAAUAAUGUAAAUACCAUUUUGAUCUAUCGCUUUUGAAGAAGAUGCUGCUUCAAAAUAUUUUAUACUGAAAUAAACAAAACAUGGAUAACACAGAAUUGUUAUUUUUUGACACUUUUUCACAUGAUAUUUCUGAGGAACUCAAUCUGGAUUUAGUGCAAUUUCCCAAACCUGUGUAUAUCAGUGAAGUUAGAAUUAUUCCAUUAGGUGCUAGAGUACAAGCAGAUUUUCCUGGAGGUGUUCGUUUAGGAGCAACAAAUCCAUCACAAUUUGAAAUUGAGUUUUUUGUAAAUGAUUUAAGUAAACCUGGAGCUUCUACUUUUGAAUCGCUUGGAGAGUUAGAAUAUAAACAAAAUAUUCAUAUUCAGUUAGAAUGUGAGAGAAAACAAAUACCAACAGAUGGUUUAGUAUUAAGAGGCUGGUAUACUACCAUUACCUUAGCUGUAUAUGGAACUUUAACAAAAUCUUUGAAUAACCCACAAGAAAUUAUUAGCUCAGCUGCUGGCUCUGCAGCUUGCGUGACUGGGUUGGAGGAAGUCGUAGAAAAUACUAUCCAAAUUUCAGAACAACAGUCCGAAUGGUAUUAUGAAAAUCAAGCACAGUCAAAUUCAAAUGAAACAUGCGUAGCAGCAACACCCCCGCUUCCUAUACAACCAAUUCAAAUAGUUGAAUCAUCCAGAAAUUCAACAUCAGAUACUGGAAAAACAGAUGUAGGACAUUGGGAAGAAGAUGUUACAAAUAGUACUCUAAAAUCUACAAAACGUCCUUCUUCACCACCUUCCGAGUCUUUAGUAUCGCUAAGUCCUGAAUCAAUAUCGGCUGAAGAAGAGGAAGGAGAACAGGAUGGAGGUGAACAAGAGACAGGAGAACCAUUUGAACCCAUAUUAUCCGAUGAAGACAUAAUGACAGAUGAUAUACCAGCUGCUGCUGAAUACGAAUGUGACAAUGCACAGUUGAAUGACAUCUACUCCUUAAACCCACCUGAUUUAUUGGAGUUAGAUGAAUCAUUGAACAUCGUUGAAGAGUGCCAUAUAAGCAAGGAAAUGUUAGAUAAGAUACACGAGAUAUUACAGUCAUUAUCAAAGUCAGUUUUACACUUUAAUAAUGCAUCAGGUCAAGAAAAAGAGACAUUCGUUCAUAAUUGUGAAUCUUUAUGCGCGAUACUUAGUCCUUUUCACUUGAACAACACAGAUUUUAGUGACUUGGCUAAUAUCGUGAAUGCUGGUUUAGAUAUGGAUCUUGCUCGUGCUCAACCUCAACCAGCUUAUAAAGUUCGCCAUGUCAAAGUAGGUGUACGACUAGCCGAAACUUUGUGUAAGCUUCCCCAAGGUCCAGACAUACUUUUAAAAGUAGAUGCACCUUACAAAUUACUAGCAUUGUGCAUGCGCGAAAAUGUAGCACUUCCCGUGAAACUUUCCGCUCUUCGUACACUAGAUGCUGCGCUAAUAAGCCCUAUAAUUGUUCAAGAGUUUCUUAAAUCAAACAAUAAUUUAUACAAAAAUGCUUUAACGAUGCUGGACACGGCAAAAUUAGCAAGAUUAAAGUAUGCCUUAAGUUCAUUGUUGCGAAAAGUACACACGUACGAAUUUCUUGACGAAUUGAAAGAACUUGAUGAAUUAGCCAUCACUGAAUUAUCAAACACAUAUGUAUGUGCACCAACAUUAAUGGCUCAACCAAAACGUCAGCUUCCUGCGGGUGCACAAAUGGAAUUCGAACGUGAACAUAACCGAAAUCCUCGAUGUCAUUUAAUAGCAUAUUUCGAGCAUCAUAAACUUCUCUAUCAUAUUUUGUUUGCGCUCACUUCUCCAAAAUCAGAUUUAAAUUUAAUUAAAGCUACUCGUCGUUUUCUGCUACGUGUUUCAGACACAAAAGAAGGUUUAUUAUAUUUGUUAAAGGAACCAGAAGUUACGAAAUUAAUUUUGAAAGCUUUGAAAUACGAAUUGCCUGGAGCAGGUUCAGUUUUAGCUUGGCGGCUUCAGGUUGUUCAAUAUUUAUUACGUUUAAAAUAUCAACCUACUGAUUGGAUAGCAUUAAACAAACUUCAUUCUGUUUUAAUAUUUCCUGAAGGCUUGCAGGCUAUAAUAACAGUUCUUUCUACAGGGGAAUUCAUUGAUAUUUUGAUACCCUAUCUUUCUGAUCCAAAUCUUUGUGAAUUCUCUGCGGAAAUUGUAUCAGCAACAAUACGUUAUUCUGAUCGAGUUGAAGUAUUUCAAAAUCGCGCUGCAAUUAUUUUAGAAAAAUCACGAGUUCAGGCUGUUUUAAAAGAUGUUACAUCAUAUUUGUCUGUAGCAGCGCAACCAUCGCAUUGGAAUUAUGGAGAUGUUUCUCCGCUUGUUACAUGUAUCAGAAAAAAUGCAGAUAAGGCUGCUUCCCUUCCAGGACAGUUAAUUACAGCAUGUAGAAUUUUGUAUUAUCUUGUUUUUCCUUCGACUAACGACAUUGAUCCAAUGGAACCUUACAUUGAAUUAAAAUAUAGAAAUGCAUUAACUCAGUUAUUUGCUGCCGACGGUUUAACAGCUCUUAUCGCUGUUAUGGCAAAUAUUUCAGAAUUUUAUGAACAACCAUUUUUACACCGUGCAGCUCUAACAGGUCGAAGAGGUUUGGCAUUAGUCGCGUUACUUCUUCCAUGUAUAAGAUUAACAAGAGCCUUAUUGGAGCGUCUUGUAAAAUGUAUGGCCACAGAUUUUAAAGAUUUAACAGCUGUAGUUCCAUUACUUGGGGUAUAUUCGUUAGUCGAAGCUAUCCCCCCUAUUAGAAUUGUACAAACUUUAUCCGAAGAAAUAGUAGGAACACUUUUGGUAUUCACGCAGGCUGUAGACUCGGAUGGAUCAGGAAAUGUAGCAAAAUCAUUAUGGACACAAAUGUUAGGUGAAGUGCUUAAAAUGGUUUCUUUGAGUCCAUGUAAUUUUAUACCUGGCUUAAAACUCUUAACAAGGUUGUUACCACCGAUUUUAACUUUGAAAGAAACUAUGACCGAAGAUGCCGCCCGAGUCUUAGGGCUUAGAAAGCUCUGGUCUGCUCAUUUACAAGCUCAAGCUAGUAAUUUAACUGAAACAUUGCGAUUGCUUUGCGCCAGUUGGAACAAAGAUUUAUUAGUCCUUCUGGCAAAAGUAUGUAAGCAAUUAAGUGAUUUAGCAGCACCUACAGCUUUACUCGUAGGAAGAUGUUUAUUAGAUGGUAUUAUAGCUGCUACUCCUUUAGAAACUAAUGUUUUAAUUCUUGCGUUACUUGGCGAACUUGCGAGGCAUGCACCUAUGAAAGCCACUUUGUUAACUUUAACUAGUCCUGCGUCUAGAGCGCAAGUGAAAUCUGAUCAGAAAUAUCCACCUGUCAUUGAAAUGAUGUGCAUAGCACUUAAAAAUACAAAUGAUAUUAGAAUGCAACACGAAAUUCUUGAUAUCUUUGAAACUUUAUGUGACUGUACGUUAAGUCUUAUGCAAGAAGACACAAAUGAACCCUUUGAAAAAAGACUUACACAUUCGGUACCUAGUAAAGAACCACUUUUGUUCAUUCUGGCUGCCCUUAUCGAUAUACUAGCUAGUAGUACGAAAUUUGAAACUGAGAUAUUACAAAGUACACUUCGAAUACUUCUCUCUCUUAUUAGUCAUAAUUAUGGUUUAUACCAUGUAAAAAGCUGUUUAGAAAAUAAUCCUGAUGCAUUACGAUCAUUACUAGAGCAUAUUUCUGUCUUAGAAGAUCCAGAAGCUCAAUCUGUUGUAGAUUUAACUAUAUUGUUCUUAGAAAAUUUAAUUGCAUCUGAAUCGCAAGGAAGAUCUUUAUAUUUACGAGUACAGCAACUAGCAUCUUUAAUAUUAUGGGAUAAAAAUGAACAUCCUUUGGAAAAAAUAAAAAGUGCACAAGAGCUGGUGGAAAUUUUUAAGUCUGCCGAGGAUAAAGAAGAGAAAGAACCUAUUCCAGAAAUGUUGGAACCAUUAUUGCCCACUCCAGAAGCUCUAUUAAAUCAAUUUUCCCAACGAUGUUUAGGAACUCCGGAUCUUACUUCUAAACGUCCAAAGAAAUUUACAUUUGCAUCUGCGAAUCAAGCCUCAAAUGAAAACACAGUGGACUUGUUAGCACUUGCAGCUGAAUUACUACCUGCUGACUUUAAUUUACUGACAGAAGCUCAAAAUUUAUGUUCCAAGACACCUCCUGAUGAUGCUACUCAACCAUUGCAAUCAAAAACUCAAACUGAUGAUCAAGAAACUAGAGAUGUUCAGAAACAAUCAUCUCCUGUUUCUAAAAUAAAACAACCAUUCGUUACACCUAUGCGAGGUAGAACACAAUUUACCAGUUCUUUAAGAGGCGGUCCAGUGGUGGGAAGCGUAGGUAGAGGAGCAGAUCCAUUUAGAUCAAGACCACCAAACACUUCACGACCACCGUCCCUUCAUGUUGAUGACUUUGUAGCAUUAGAAACAUGUGGAGCACAACCAACCGGACCUACGGGUUAUAAUAAACUUAGUAUUCGCGGAACUUGCCCUUCGCGUGCUAUCAGUACAGGAACAAGAAGUCGACCAUGGACGCAAGAACCCCGCCCUCCUUAUCUUCGUUAAUUUAAUUAAUUUAGACAAUUAAAGUGUUUAUUAAUAAUUGAAGACUAUAAUUUCCUACUUAGAAAUAUCAAAAAAAUGUCUUAUUAGAAUUAUAUCAUAUUAUUAUUAUUAUUAUUAUUAUUAUUAUUAUUAUUAGUAAUCGACUUAAUUGGUGUACUAUCGCAGUACAAAAUUUCUUGAUGUGUAUAUGUUAUAAAAG